AUGUACAUCUCGCCGAUACAGCGACAAUACCAGUGCGGGAGCUGCUGGACGAUCGUGGCCGUCGAUUCCAUCUCGAUGAUGUGGGCGAUCAUCAACAACACCACGCCGCAGCUGCUGUCGCCGCAGCAGGUGUGCGACUGCGCGACGAAGCAGUGCUGCAAGGGCGGCUGGCCCGACUGGGCCUUCUCUUACAUCCUCUUUAAUGGCGGCAUCGCUUCUGUCGACGAGUAUCCCUACCUCGCAGAAGACAGCGUCGUCUGUAAUGCGAACGCGUCGACGCCUCUCGCGGCGAAGAUUACGGGGUGGGAGCUGGUCCCGCCGUACAACGCCAUGGCGCUCAUGAAGGCCGUCAGCAUGCAGCCAACCGUCGCGUUUCUGUCCGGCAACGCUAACGAUUUCCAGUACUACUCGUCGCGCGGGACGGUUAAGAUCUACGACGGCACGUGCACGACGGAUAUCAACCACGCGGUGUUGGUGGUCGGGUAUAACUACACCGGGCCGGGAUUGGACGGCAGCUAUUGGAUUUUGAAGAACUCGUGGUUCAACACGUGGGGCGACGGGGGCUAUAUGUACCUCGCAAUGACGCCCGACGUUCGCGGGAAAUGCGGGCUGCACGCCAUCCCCGCCAUGUACCCGGUGUACUACGCGGGACCCGAGCCCGUCAAGAUCGCCAACGGGCCGUACCGCCGUCAGGACGACGGAUACGACGGCAAGUGGUGGUCGCGCGGCUACAACGGCCCCGUCGACGCGUGCGCGAAUCUCAUCAACCCGUGCGGCGGCGGCCGCUGCUACACGCUGCGCGGGAUCGCGCGCUGCGACUGCCGAGGCCUGGCGAACAUGGUCGAGGUGCUAUCCACGCCCACGGCCAAGUGCGUGCCGCGCUACCCGUGCACGAGCCGCGAGCUGUUCAAUCCCUGCGGGAGCGGCGUGUGCCGGAAUCCCGGCGACGGGACGUACACGUGCCAGUGCCCUGCGGGCUACGCCAUCGGAACAGCAUCAGACGGCACCAUUACCUGCGUGGGCGUGGGCACGACGGCGGCCGUGGGGCAGACGUACACCACCGUGCCCGGCGACUCGUGCACCGUGGUCGCGAGCGCGUACAAGACCUCCGUCGUCGCUCUCGCCGACCUCAACCCGUUCCUCGACUGCUCGCUCGCCUUCAUCGCCCCUGGCAUGGUGCUGCUCGUAUCCAACAUGUCCGCCAGCGCCAGCACGAGCACCAUGGUGUGCACAUCCACGUACACAGUGCAGACCGGGGACACGUGUCAGAACAUCGCCAACACCUACUUCAACGGCGAUGUGGCCGCGCUGACCACCGCAAACCCCCUCAUCUGCUCGACUGGCCGCUCGUCGCUGCUGCCGCUGCAGCAGAUCUGCAUCAGCACCACCUCGUCCACCCCCCAGAUCACCGUGCCGCAGUGCGGCCAGACGUACACGUCAGUGGUUGGAGACACGUGCGACGCGAUCGCCACCAAAUACAACAUCGCGCUCAGCACUUUCAUGAGCCUCAACCCAGCGCUGUCCUGCGACUCUGCCCUCAAGAUCGGACUCUACCUCUGCGUUGCACCCAAGACCUCUCUGACCACGGUGAACUGCACGGCAACGUACACGGUGCUGCAGGGCGACAACUGCCCCAACAUCUGGAACGCAGCCAACCUCACAGAACAGACCUUCCUUGCUAUCAACCCCGGCAUCAGGUGCCAAGCACCCUACCUGCAAGUGGGUCAGAAGGUCUGCAUCAGCUCGCCCAUCCUCGCCACUCUCGUUGCCUCAUCCAACACAAGCUACUCUCUCUACAAGGUCAAGGACGGUGACACACUCGCUCUCAUCUCCUCCAGUUUCAUCAACCGCUGCAUCCCUGCCUCCGUCUCUCCUGCCGCCAUCGCCGCCGAAAACAACAUCCUCGAAACAUCUGCUCUUGUUGUGGGGAUGAACCUGAUCAUCCCGUGCGAUUCCCGCGUGGGGAUUAUUGACUGCCAAUGCGCGGCGUCGCUCCCGGUCUGCGGAGCUGACUAUGUCACGUACCCUUCGUACUGCGAUGCGAUCCGCGAUGCCGCCACCUUCACUCCCCCGCCCACCUCUUUCAACCCCUCUGUCUCCCCAUUGCUCUCUGCCUCUCUUCCCCACCACCCCUCCCCUCUCCCCCCAGACCCCAACUGGCGCCAGCUCUACCCCUACAUCCGCGAUGCCGCCACCUUCACUCCCCCGCCCACCUCCACCCUCUCCGCAUCCCCCCUCCCCUCCGCGGCCCCGCCCACGUUCGACUACAUAGUGGUGGGAGGCGGUGCAGUGGGGUGCCCUCUGGCCGCCACGCUCUCUAAAGGCUUCUCCGUGCUGCUGCUGGAAAGAGGAGGCGUGCCCUACGACCAGCCCUCGGUCUACCGAAGGGAGGCUUUCCCCUACGUGCUCAGCACGAGGGCGUCGGUCCCCUUCCGGUCAGAGGAUGGAGUGUGGAACCGGAGAGGCAUCGUGCUGGGCGGUGGCAGCUCUGUCAACGCUGGCUUCUACAGUCGGGCAUCAGCGGAUUUCGUCCAGGCAGCAGGGUGGGACCCUGUGAGGGUGCGCCAGUCAUUCGAGUGGGUGGAGGAGAGAAUCGCGUUUGUGCCGCAGCAGCAGCCGGGCGGGUGGCAGCAGGCGUUCAGGGAUGGCAUGCUGGAGGCGGGAUUAGGGCCGUGGAGAGGACAAACACCGGAGCAUGUCAUUGGGACCAAGCUCGCCAACAGCAUAUUCGACAGCAACGGCACGCGCAGGACAGCAGCGGACCUGCUCAAAGCGGGGGACCCAUCCCGGCUGACAGUGCUCGUAUAUGCCACGGUGCAGCGCAUCCUGCUGGAUGUCUCGACUGGCACCCCACGAGCAGUGGGAGUGGUGUUCACAGACAGCACCAACCGUCGCCACAUUGCGCGUCUAAACCCAGGAGGCGAAGUCCUGCUAGCAGCGGGCGCACUGGGUUCGCCACAGCUGCUGCUGCUGAGCGGGCUGGGGCCACGAGAGAAGCUGGAUCCGCUGGGGGUGCCGGUGGUGGCGGAGGUGCCGGGCGUGGGCGUGAACGUGACUGACGUUCCCAUCAACGGCAUCAACGUGCUGUCUCCCAGACCCGUUGAGGAGUCGUCACUGCAGUUCGUGGCUGUGACACCGGAAGGAAACAUCAUCGAAGGCGCAUCAGGGUCGAACCACACCCUCAGCUGGCCGGGAGCAGGCGAGCUCAACACAGCCCCACCCAUCAACCGCACGGGGGAGACGGAGGCAAUGAUUGAAGCAAUGCUGCCAUUCAUCCCCGGCGUUAUAGGCGACGUUCUGAAUCGCGCAGGGUUUAUUCUGCACAAGGUCUACCUGCCGGCCUCACGAGGCUCCCUCUCACUCGCAUCCCUCAAUGCCUCAGACAACCCCAUCGUGCAAUACAACUACUUCUCCGCCACCCAGGACGUGGCCACGUGCGUGAGGGGCGCGCAGCUGCUCACCAAGAUAGUCACCUCUAAUGCCAUGGCGCCUUUCCGCUACGACACCCCGCCCGUCGCUCUCUUUCUCCUUGACCCUGGAGCUGCACUCGUCACUCCAGGAAACUACCUGGGAGCUUCCCCUGCUCUCCCAGACGUCUCCAACUUCACUGCGUCCGCUCAGUGGUGCAAG